UUGUCCUCGUGAGGCCCCGCCCCGCUGGAACGCUGCGGGCUUCUCAGGUUACAGGAUUGGAGACAGUAGCUGCCGCGGGACUGAGCGCUUCUGAAGGCGUCCAGAACCCAACACAUACAACUGAUACUCGCAGAGCAGACCUGGUCAGGUCCUCGGACGCUGCGUCCAGAGCAAUGCUGCUGAAGACAGUGCUCUUGCUGGGGCAUGUGGCCCAGGUGCUGAUGCUGGACAAUGGGCUCCUGCAGACGCCACCCAUGGGCUGGCUGGUCUGGGAACGCUUCCGCUGCAACAUUAACUGUGAUGAGGACCCAAAGAACUGCAUCAGUGAGCAGCUUUUCAUGGAGAUGGCUGACCGGAUGGCACAGGAUGGAUGGCGGGACAUGGGCUACACAUACCUUAACAUCGAUGACUGCUGGAUUGGUGGGCGUGAUGCCAGUGGCCGCCUGAUGCCAGAUCCCAAGCGUUUCCCUCAUGGCAUUCCCUUCCUGGCUGACUACGUUCACUCCCUGGGCCUGAAGCUGGGCAUCUAUGCAGACAUGGGCAACUUUACCUGCAUGGGUUACCCAGGCACCACACUGGACAAGGUGGUCCAGGAUGCUCAGACCUUUGCGGAGUGGAAGGUGGAUAUGCUCAAGCUGGAUGGCUGCUUCUCCACAGAUGAGGAACGGGCCCUGGGGUACCCCAAGAUGGCUGUUGCCCUGAAUGCCACAGGCCGCCCCAUUGCCUUCUCCUGCAGCUGGCCAGCCUACGAAGGUGGCCUCCCCCCCAGGGUGAACUACAGUUUGCUGGUGGACAUCUGCAACCUCUGGCGCAACUAUGAUGACAUACAGGACUCCUGGCAGAGCGUGCUCUCCAUCCUGAACUGGUUUGUGCAGCACCAGGACAUACUGCAGCCGGUGGCCGGCCCUGGGCACUGGAAUGACCCCGACAUGCUGCUCAUUGGGAACUUUGGUCUCAGCUUAGAGCAAUCCAGGGCCCAGAUGGCCCUGUGGACAGUGCUGGCAGCCCCCCUCUUCAUGUCCACAGACCUGCGUACCAUCUCCGCCCAGAACAUGGACAUACUGCAGAAUCCACUCAUGAUCAAAAUCAACCAGGAUCCCUUAGGCAUCCAGGGACGCAGGAUUCACAAGGAAAAAUCUCUUAUCGAAGUGUACAUGCGGCCCCUGUCCAACAAGGCAAGCACCUUAGUCUUCUUCAGCCGCAGGACCGAUAUGCCUUAUCACUACCACUCCUCCCUUGGCCAGCUGAACUUCAGUGGGUCCAUGAUGUAUGAGGCCCAGGAUGUCUACACAGGUGAUAUCAUCAGUGGCCUCCAAGCUGAAACCAACUUCACAGUGAUCAUCAACCCUUCCGGGGUAGUGAUGUGGUACCUGUAUCCCAUCAAGAACCUGGAAAUGUCCCAGCAGUGAGGAGCUGGAACAUGUGACAGGCUGUGGUGGCACCACUGAGCCCAGACCAUGGAACUCUGGCAUGCCCAGGGCACGUGGGCAGGUUCUCUGCUCCCCAGGCCCCGCUUGGUGACUGACCCCAUCAUACCCAAAGUGCCAUCUCAGGGCCAGGUUCUAUGCCCUGCCCUCUUGGAAACUUCUUGGGGCAAUUUUCCUGUGGCCUUCCUGGCUUCUACUUUGUGCAGCCCCUCAGGUGUUGCUGAGCAGCUCGCAGCCUCCUGAGCCCCAUGCCUAUCAGGACUCUAGCCUCUGACCUUGUUGUUGACUCUGAAAUCAGGAUAUGGAAUUUUUCAAAUUAGUAGAGAGAUCUGACCUCAGGAACACCCAUGAAUUGUGUGAUCGGCUUUUUUACCCAUAGAAGGCCUUUGAGGCUGAUACCACCUGGGAGUGAGGAUCAAAAAGGAGACCUUGGCUCCCUCGGGUCACCAAUAAACCUGUGAAAGUUGUUGUAA